GGGGGGCCCCCGGCGUGGUCCGGGGUGGGGGCCGGGGCUGCCAGCCUGGCCCUGGCCUGUCAAGCGGCUCAUUGUUCCUGCCCCGGGUGCCACCGGGCUCGACCGGGGACAAUGUGGCACUGAGCGGCGGCGGAGGGACGAGGCGCACGGAAAGGCUCAGCUUGCCCUCCUGCCAUGGCAUCGCCGGAGGGAGCCGGUGGCAUGGGCGGCAGCGGCGAGGAGACAGAGCUCAGCAUCACCCUGACCCUCCGCAUGCUCAUGCACGGGAAGGAGAUCGGCAGCAUCAUUGGCAAGAAAGGAGAGACUGUUAAGAGGAUACGAGAGCAGAGCAGCGCCCGCAUCACCAUCUCAGAGGGCUCCUGCCCUGAGCGCAUCACCACCAUCACCGGCUCCACCGACGCCGUCUUCCGAGCCGUCUCCAUGAUUGCCUUCAAGCUGGAGGAGGACCUGGGAGCGGGGAGCGACGGGGCAGGAGCGGGCCGGGCGCCGGUGACGCUGCGCCUCGUCAUCCCCGCCAGCCAGUGCGGCUCGCUCAUCGGCAAGGCCGGCGCCAAGAUCCGCGAGAUCCGGGAGAGCUCAGGGGCGCAGGUGCAGGUGGCUGGUGACCUGCUGCCCAACUCCACUGAACGGGCCGUCACCGUCUCCGGGGUGCCGGACACCAUCAUCCAGUGUGUGAGGCAGAUCUGUGCUGUCAUCCUGGAGUCGCCUCCGAAGGGGGCCACCAUCCCCUACCACCCUGGCCUCUCCCUGGGCACCAUCCUGCUCUCUGCCAACCAGGGCUUCUCCGUGCCCGGCCAGUACAGCGGAGUCUCUCCAGCAGAGGUGACAAAGCUGCAGCAGCUGUCAGGGCACACGCUGCCCUUCACCUCCCUGGGCCACACACCUGCCAUGGUGCCAGGCCUGGACGCCAGCUCCCCAAGCAGCUCCCAGGAAUUCCUCGUGCCCAAUGAUCUCAUCGGCUGCAUCAUCGGCCGCCACGGCAGCAAGAUCAGUGAGAUUCGGCAGAUGUCUGGCGCCCACAUCAAGAUCGGGAACCAAAUGGAGGGUUCCAGCGAGCGGCACAUCACCAUCACCGGGUCCCCCGUCAACAUCACCCUGGCUCAGUACCUCAUCACAGCCUGCUUAGAGACGGCCAAAUCUACCUCCCAGGCGCCGCCAGGCCCUGGCUCCAUGGACCUCGGCAUGGGCUUCUCCCAGCCCCUCACCCCGGGCUCUGGCGCCGCGCUGCCCGCCGUCGCCCCGCCCCCCCCGGCCCUGCUGGGCGCCCCCUACACCAUCUCCCUCUCCAACUUCAUCGGCCUGAAGCCGGUGUCCUUCCUGGCACUGUCCCCGUCCUCCGUGGCGGGGCCCAAUGGCGGCACCGCCACCUACACGACCAAGAUCUCGGCAGCCAACGGCACCAAGAAAGCCGACCGGCAGAAGUUCUCACCCUACUGAGCCCCACCGGUGGGUGGGUGAAGGGGCCCGGUGUGCCAACCUCUGCCAGGGGCACCCCCCUGCCGCCCACCCUGUCCCCCAACCCCUGCCAGGCGCCCCGUGCCCGGGGUGAGCCCCCUUCCCCCCCACCCCAGGGAAGGGUCUUCCCGGCGGCGCUGCCCGCUGAAGGAAAGGGCUGCUCCUGCCUGCUGCCCAUCCCAGCAGCACUGUGCCCCCUCCCCGAUUUCCCUGCAUGGGGCCCACGUGCCCUGGUAUUGGUGGGGAAGUGGAGAGGGCUGUCCCUGGCAGCCCGGGGUCCUUUCUCCCAGUGCCCUGUGCCAGGAUGGGACCCCCGGCUCUUGCCCCUCGCCCUGCCCGCCCUGUGGCCCCCUCCUGCCCCCCCUCCCUCUGGCUGACACCCCGUGUCUGGGUCCCUGGCCUCUCUGGGGAGUUCCUCAUGCCUGGCCUCUCUGGGGGUCCCUCUUCCCCUAUCUCUGAUGGGGGGCCCUCCCCGGGCCACCCCUGGGGCUAUCACCUCCCAGCAACCCCAUCCAAGAGCUGGUCCCUGCUGGCUUGGAAAUGCUGUAUAUAUAAGUCUAUAUUUUUUCCUCCUUUGUAAC